AUGGCUGGUAUCGUGGACUUGGGCAUUCCGCCUGUUCCGCCUCUAUCAUACUGGGAGCCCGAGACGCCGUCCCCGUUGUCACCUCACAAUCCGUUCCUCUCACCUCCGGCUGUCAGCCCAGGCUCACCGAGGACGGAUAUUUUGCCCCUGCUGGCAGCGUCUCCCUCAACGGUUGACAGGCAGACUGCACCCAGAUCGUGGUUGUUCGCAGUUGCUCUAGCUUCGCCGUGUGCUGGAACGGACCUCUCACCGCGAUUCUUGAACCCGCGUACGCCGCCGUUGCCGCCGAUCAUGGAGCGAGGCUUGCAGGUUCAGAGGAGGCACUCGACGAUGUGUUCGAUCCCCUCGAGUGAACUGGAGAAAAUGAGGCACCAGUCGCUGUUUGCCGUGAUGGCGACGGUCCAGGAGAAGAUUCGCAAAGAAAUGAACAUAGAAAGGGAGGAAGGUUUGACGGGCAGAGAGAAGGGCUGGGUUCACCGCUACACCACGGCGAGGAAGCGUAGGGAGAGGCGCAACAUAGUCAGGACGAAGAACUUCCGGGUGCUGAAGCUGGUCGACGUGGAAGUGUGA